CUUUGUCUUUUUCUACCUUUCAUUACUCUAUCUGUCUGCCUUUUCCCUUCUUUCAACUAACCAGCUGACCUGAUUCUUUCAUUUCAUUCUGGUCAUUGUCUUAACAUUUUGAAUUGGAUUCCAUAUUUCAUACAUUUCAUUUUUAGCCAACGUCUUCAUACAUUAUUGGCUGUACUUGGUCCGUUCACUUGAGCAUUCCUCCGAAUUAUACUUUACGUUGACAAUAUCAUGACCAAAUCGAAAUCACCAAAAAGAAAAAAUACCAACAGCACCAACAGCAAUGGCAACCCUCCUGGCACUAUCAAGACUAAUCUGUCUGAUGCCGCUGCUGCCUUGCAGGCUGCAACGAUUGACGCACCUAAAUCAAUAACCUCGGAGCGACCUAUUGCUCCUUCAACAUCGCCUAAACAUAACAAGCGUUCAACACCAGUCAGUCCCCUCAAAACUCUCAGUCCUACUGGACAGGAUUCUGGGACUAAACACCUCGAAAAUAUCAAAGACAAGGCCAUGGAUGCUCUGAACGACGUCAAGGAUGUCGUACAGCUCGCGGCCAAGAAAUUUGAAAGUGUGAUUGAGAAUAAACAGUUCGCACCCAUGGAAACCAUCGCAGAAACCAAACAAUCGGUAAAAGAACAGAAACUGCUGUCGAAACCUCAAUUGCCAUCUUCUGCACAGUCAGCAUCAGUAAACAGAGCAAACGUCUUGGCCCCAUCUGCGUUGUCAUAUUUGAGCCACAAUCUAUUCGACAACCUUCGACUUGAUCGCAACAAAUACAACAACAGCAAAGAGGAGGAGGAUGAGAGCAAUAGUGAAACUGAGAGCAAUGAUGACAGUGAGUUAGAUUACAGCAGCAGCAGUAGUGAAAGCAGUAACAGCGUUCAUACUACUGAAGAUGAAGAAUCUGAAGAAGAGGACUUCAUAGAAGAAGAGGAGGAGGACGAGGACGAAGUAGAAAGAAAAGAAGGGAUCGACAGGAAUAUUCUCAAGCUGAGGCGGCAGCCGAGCACAUCAAGCAAUGUAUCGACUGUUUCACGAAAAAAAAAGCAGCAGCAAAAGAAACAACUACAACAGCAACAAGAGCAACAGCAACAACAAACUGUCUUACCAGAGUCCCCAACUCAAAAGAGGUUUUGCCUGAAGUCUCAGGAUGAACAGUUUCCUCUUCAUACAGGGCAGUCUGUGUUGACCCAAUCAGCAGCUGAAGUUACAUCGCCUCGAAGCCGGAGUCCUAGUCAAAAUCACCGUCACCAUCAAGCAGAGCCUGUAGUGUUGUUAGCAGAUCAAUCAGCAAAGGCCAAAUGGGCCAACUGGUCAGUCCGCACGCUAUGGACAUUGAUUAUGAUCGGAGGUUUCUUUGCAUGCGUUGCAGCAGGGCCUGCCUUCGUGAUUCUUCUAGUUGUGUUGGUCCAAGGACUUGUUUACAAGGAAGUCAUUUAUCUUGCCAACGUACCGAGUAGAGAGAAAAAGCUUCCCUGGUUUCGAACGAUGAACUGGUACUUCCUCUUCAGCACAAACUAUUUUUUCUAUGGCGAGAGUUUGAUUCAUUAUUUUCAACAUGUUGUCUUUGUCGACGCAUUCUUACUUCCUUUUGCUACUCAUCACCGCUUCAUUUCCUUUACACUCUAUGUUAUCGGUUUCGUAUUCUUUGUUGCCAACCUGAAGAAGGGUCACUACCGCUUCCAGUUCUCACAGUUUGCAUGGACACACAUGACAUUGUUAUUGGUCGUCUGUCAGAGCCACUUUAUCAUCAACAACAUCUUUGAGGGUUUGAUCUGGUUUUUCCUUCCAGUUUCGUUGGUUAUUGCCAACGACAUUUGGGCAUACAUCUUUGGAUUUUUUUUUGGUAAAACCCCAUUGAUCAAGCUUUCGCCCAAGAAGACUGUCGAGGGUUUCGUUGGUGGUUGGAUCAUGACUAUUGUCUUCGGCAUACUGUUUUCCACCUUGUUCUUAAGAUACCCAUACAUGAUCUGUCCUGUCAAAGAUCUGCGUUCUACAGCGUUCAGUGGACUUACUUGUGAGCCCAACCCAGUUUUCAUUCCUGUAAAACAUUACCUCAAGCCAUGGAUGGUGGCUCUGGUCCGUCAUCUAGGAAUGCGCAGCAACUAUGUAAUGAUUGCACCCCUUCAAUUGCACACCAUUGUCAUGGCAUGUUUCGCAUCACUGAUUGCACCUUUUGGAGGAUUCUUUGCCUCUGGUUUCAAGCGUGCUUUCAAGAUCAAGGAUUUCGGUCAAUCGAUCCCUGGUCAUGGAGGCAUCACAGAUAGAAUGGAUUGUCAAUUCUUGAUGGGGUUGUUUUCAUAUAUGUACUAUCAGAGUUUCAUCAAGACGACAGCACUCUCUGUGGGGGUAGUGUUGCAGAGUGCGAUUAAUAACCUGCAAGGACAAGAGCAGAUGGAGUUGUUUGAACAUAUGCGACAGUAUUUGAUUGGGCAGGGUCUCUUAGAUGAGGACAGCUGUGUCGUCAUGCCGCCCAAGGAGGCAUGGAUUUCAUAAAAAAAUACUUUAAUAUAACGAAGCAAUGUU